AUGACCCAAGCCCACUCCUGGAAAACCGUCGACCACACCAUCAAGCCCGAGGCUUCCUCCGCCCCGGUGCUCAACACCUCGGAGUGGCCUCUGCUCCUCAAGAACUACGACAAGCUCAACGUUCGCACCGGCCACUACGUCCCCAUCCCCUCCGGCCAUUCGCCCCUGAAGCGCCCUCUUCGCGAUUACAUCCAGUAUGGUGUGAUCAACCUCGACAAGCCGGCCAACCCCUCCUCCCAUGAGGUGGUCGCCUGGAUUCGCCGCAUUCUGCGCUGCGACAAGACCGGCCACUCGGGCACCCUGGACCCGAAGGUCACUGGUUGCCUGAUUGUUUGCGUCGACCGCGCCACUCGCCUGGUCAAGUCCCAGCAGUCUGCCGGUAAGGAGUACGUCGCGGUCCUCCGCCUGCACGAGGCCCUCGACGACGAGAAGAAGCUCUACCAGGCGGUGGAGACCCUGACUGGCGCUCUGUUCCAGCGCCCGCCUCUCAUCUCGGCCGUCAAGCGUGUCCUCCGUGUGCGCACCAUCUACGAGAGCAAGGUCUUCGAGUUCGACAACGAGCGCAACCUGGCCGUCUUCUGGGUCAAGUGCGAGGCCGGUACCUACAUCCGUACCCUCUGCGUGCACCUUGGUCUGCUGCUCGGCGCCGGUGGCCACAUGCAGGAGCUUCGUCGUGUCCGCUCCGGCCACACCUCUGAGCAGGACAACAUGGUCACCAUGCACGACAUCCUCGAUGCCCAGUAUGUCUACGACAACUCUCGUGACGAGUCCUACCUCCGCCGCGUCGUCCGCCCCCUGGAGAGCCUUCUCGUUUCGUACAAGCGUGUCGUCGUCAAGGACUCCUCGGUCAACGCCAUCUGCUACGGCGCCAAGCUCAUGAUCCCCGGUCUGCUGCGCUACGAGAAUGGCAUCGAGUCUGGCGAGGAGGUUGUCCUCAUGACCACCAAGGGUGAGGCCAUUGCCCUGGCCGUGGCCGAGAUGUCCACCGCCCAGAUGUCCACCUGCGACCAUGGCGUUGUUGCCAAGAUCAAGCGUGUCAUCAUGGAGCGUGAUACCUACCCCCGCCGCUGGGGUCUCGGCCCCAAGGCCCAGGAGAAGAAGGGCCUCAUCAAGGCUGGCAAGCUGGACAAGCACGGCAAGCCCACCGCCGCCACCCCGGCCUCCUGGUCCAAGAACUACGUCGACUAUUCCUCCCCCGACGCUCCGGCCCCUGCUGCCGCUCCCGCCGCCGCUCCUGCUGCCCCCGCCGCCACCCCGGCCGUUGUGGCCGAGGAGAAGUCCGACGACAAGAAGGAGAAGAAGGAGAAGAAGGAGAAGAAGGACAAGGACGAGAAGAAGGAGAAGAAGGACAAGAAGGAGAAGAAGGAGAAGAAGGAGAAGUCCGACGACUCCGAGAAGAAGAAGAAGCGCUCCAAGUCCGAGUAG